CAACUUCCCAAAUUUUAGAUUUUAAACGUAAUCUGCACAAUGUUUCUCUUAACUUUAAUUGCGUUGUUGCCCCUUUGCAUUACUGGUAGUAACGUCCAGUUCUAUCAAUUUAUCGCCGACAAUCCUGUCCCUCUAAAUAAUGACUACAGUACUUUACACGCCACAAGCAAAACUUAUUUCAUCGUUCACGGAUGGACAGAAAACGGCUUAAAAGAUGAAUACAUUUUAAUGGCUCAAAACUACCAAGCUCUAGAUGCAACCGCAAAUAUAAUCCUUGUAGAUUACAAAGAUCUCGCUGCCCAAUCCUAUCUCCAAGCAAGACAAAUCGUCAACACAGCUGGUACAGAAAUGGGGACCCAAAUCGUUGCCAUGUUGGACGCCAACGCUCUUUUCUUAACCAAUAUACAUUUCUUUGGUCACUCUCUAGGCACACACGUAGCUGGUCAAGCAGCACAAGUAAUCAAAAACCGCACUGGAAAUAAAGUACCACGUAUAUCAGCAUCUGAUCCAGCUGGUCCUCUAUUCCGUUCAUUAAUUAUCUUUGGUUUUCUUGACCCGCUUCAAAAAACCGUCACUGAUUUCCUAGAUGUGACACACACGAGUUAUCUCAUGGGGACCAUUAUACCUUUUGGUCAUGUGGACACCUAUGUGCAGUUAGAAACAAUUAAUCAACCGGAAUGCAUGGGGAAGUUUGAUAUGGAUUCCAUUUUGUGGUGUAGUCAUAGAUCUGCUAGGUCAUACUUCUCGGAAUCUAUUUUGUCUUGUGGUUUAAGGCAGAGGAGAUUUUUGUUAGGUGUUAAUAGUAUUUUGAGUUUUGUUAUCAGGCUGUUGAUUAGUUUUAACUUGAACUUGACUGAUUUAUUCGUGGAUCCUGAAUUUGAUGUUUAUGGGCAGCAUAUGUCCCUGGAUCAGGAAGGUGUUUAUUUUAUGAGUGUCAAUGCGGAAUCACCUUUUGGGAAAUUUGAUGAGAAUUGUAUUGCGUGAAAAUCUAAUUUUAAAAAUAAAUUGUUAUCUGUUA